GUCUCUUCAACUGUUGCCUUUGCUUUCAGCCAAAAGCACUUGGAUUUAGUUUGGUUUCUGCGCUUAAGCGAUCAGAUACGUACAAGUUGAUUAGCUACAACAGCCACAGUCAAGAUCUAUCGGGGCGAUAAAGGUACUUAGUUACCCAGUUUGGUUAAGUGUUUUAACUCCCUUCUGACUUGAAUCUCGCUGCCAUAUAGCAAAAGGCUGACGAGAAAGACGCCCCUUCGACGCAAAUGCUUCCACGCAAAUGACUUAACCUACAAUCUUAGUUUCUAUAAGCUUUCUAAAGUUCAUGAUAAAAGUGGUUAGAACUCUUUUGUGAUUGAAAAAGUUCUGUUUAUUCUUUAUGAAACCGAAUACUUAUUAGCAUUUUUGAUAUGUUCAUAAGUUGUCUUUUUAGCAAGAGUUCCUUUCCAUUCCUGCGGUCUAUCAUAGACUCCAGGAAUUCGUAAACACCGGAACAUUUGGGUUUCCCUCUUGCGGACCGUGGGGUUAAGAUAUUAUCUGUAGGCGAUAUUUUUCUGAGCAUGAUCAGGAUUUAAGUAUCGGUAUUGUUGUGAUUAAAAGCUUUUGAUUCACGAUAACUAACGCAUAACAAGUCACAAGUUAAUUUAAUAUUAUCAACCGAGUUGAUAACGGUAAAUUGGCCACCGUAAAUUGGCCACCGUAAAUUGGCCUCCGUCAUCAACUCAGUUGAUAUACCAAAUUACCCUGUUAUACUCUACCACUAACGCAGCACCACAGUUUAUUGAGAAACUUACCCCUUUUAUUAAUUAGCAAACAAAUUACACCGAAUUCUUAACAGGACUUAGUAAAAGAUAAAGUUAAGAAUAUUAUAAUACGCUUGAUCAGAACUGAAAUGACGCCAAAAUAGACAACUGACCUGCAAAGCCAAUGGCUUCAAAACGAAAUAAGUAAGUCACGUACCCCAUUCACAUCAAAUCUCAAACAUGUUUUUAAGCUGGUUAAAUCGAUCUUUGUUAACUUAUUUUUCUUAAUUUUGUGGGGGGGAGGGGGAGGGGGGCUUCACUGCCAUGGCAACAGGAAAUAGUAAACAAAAUGCAAUUGAUAAGUGGAUCAAAAAGAAACCUCGCUAAAAAGCUUUUUUAAUUUGUUGUAAACUGAUUUAAUUGGAACAACAAACCCUCUCUCGCUUACACAAUUAUUCCGACUAAAGAACAGUUCGCUUAAACCUUUUUGUCUAAAUUGAUUUCUUUUUACGUGUAAUAUAAACCUAUUUUUGUCGUAGUGAUUAAUGAAAAUCACAUCUAGGCAACACGCCUUUAAAAAUGUUAAUCUUUUAAUAACACGUUCUCUUGUUUCGAAACGACAUUGUACAAAAUCACGACAAACUAACCGAACAGCUGGUAAUAUCACGCGAAGUUGGACAGCACGAGGGAAAAGAUAUGUUGAAAAAAUACUGAAAACAUCUAAACAAAACAGAACUUGAAAAUACAAAUAUCAGGGCGCACGGUAAAGAAAAAGAACAUUUUUACCAACGAAAUUAGCUCUUUUAACUUAUGUAACCUGGCCUUUCGAUCUAGAGAUCCUACUGGCCGGCUCCUCUUCCUUCUGCGAUUCUUUUUUGUUUUACCCAAAUUAAGGGGGAAAGCUCGGGACCCCCAGGCCCCUCCCCUGGAUCCGCCACUGGGUAAUGUAAAUUGUUUCGAAUUUAAUUGUAUUCGUGUUUCAUUUCCUCAUUCUCCCUGAGUUCGGUAUGCCACAGACAACCCCUCAGAACCUUCUCUGAAGUGCUUUCCGGAGGUCACUAAAAGGAACCAUGUGAGUUGUCACGACCAUGAAUUACAACAAUGCUUAAUUCGUAAUUUUAGUCUUAGUUCAAAGAUGGGAUGCGGAGGUAGCAAGGCAGUGAGAACCAGAACAGCUCCAGCACCGAUCGCUCUCGAUCAGGGACAAACUACCACCAUUAUUACUUCUUCCAAAGAGGAGACAAGCCCUUUAAACCACAGAGAACAGCCCGACGGUAAGACAACCGUUGAUCAAACUGUGUCAGAGGGACACCAAGAAACCCAGAAGCCAGAUAAUGAGGAACCAGUCACUCAGAAGCAGAUUUCCUUGGUGCAAGAAACUUGGGGGCUAGUGAAUGGUGAUCUAGAAAAAGUUGGAGUAGACUUUUACAUAAGGUAAAACAUCUCAAAUGUUAUUGAAUCAGCUUGCCCUUGGUCAUCAUAUUAAUUUACAACAAUUCAAGUUUAAAGUGUUCCUAGUACAUCCAUGGGUUUAUUGUAUUCCAGCCGAAAAGUGAGACCCUUCAGUUUGCAUGUGUUUUGAAGGAAACUUUCUCAGUGUAUGGACACAGAAAGUCAGCAAAAAGAUUUAACAGAGUUCCCUAGAUCUUAUAGCAAGAUGUCUGUAUUUGAUUCGACUUUGAUCCCUGAAUGAAAAGCAUGUUUUUCAUCGUUCAAUUUCUCCGUUAUAGUCGAGCUCAUUUGUAUCAUGAUAAAUUAGCGAGAAGCCGCAUUUGAUGAGGUAAAAACUUUUUAAACUCACAAAUCAAACCUAGUUUGAUGAGAAAAGUAUUUUGACCAUGAAAAGAUGUGCUGCCACGCCAUGCAAUGAGGUCAAAUUGCGAAAUAAUCUGUUUUUAGAACCCUGCGGUUUUACGCGAUGCCGCAUGUCAUUUGCCAGGCCGAGACUGCAAAAAAAAAAAAACAACAAAACACAACAUUUGAAAAAUACGUCAUGAAGGAUAGCCCCAACCAGCUUUCUAUCGAGAAAAGUCACUGGUCUAGGAAUGUUCUGUUCUGAUCAACUGUGAAAAUACCACGUCGGCAGGGAGCACUUAGGCUACAGUCGCCUGCCCGUGACUGAAAUCAUUAAUCCAGUAACUUGUUUACCACCUUUCAUAAAACCUUUAAUAAUUGUUUGGCAAUAUGAUGUAAUCUUUAAAAAAUUGCACCAGCUUAUGCCAAGUGUUCUUGUGGACGCGGCGGGCGCGAUAGUGGAGCAGAGCGAGAUUAGUGGAACGCUUCUAACGCCUUUUACGUCCUUUUACCCUCUUGAGCACACCUUUUUUCAACAGAGACAAAAUUUGUAGAGCGCCUUUUACUUACUACUUAAUGUAUUCGUCUUAGAAAGCAAUUUUUGAUUCUUUUUUUUUCCUCUAAGGUUGUUGAAGGCAGACUCAAAGAUUUUAGAACUGUUUUCAUUCCGAGACAUUGACAAAUCAUCCGAUGACAUCAUGAGAGCCGAUGAUCGUCUUAAGAGACAGGCGCUGGUAACAAUGCAACACGUGGACUUGGCCGUGAACUCGCUCAACGAUCUGGUCUCUAUUGUUCCUGCUCUCAAGGACCUGGGAGGGAGACAUACGAUGUACAAAGUCGAAGAACAUCAUUACGUGGUAGGCAAUGAAAUGUAAAGAAAUGUAUGUCACGUGAGUAAACAAAUCGAUAUCUGCAGUCACACCCAAGUAGCCAAUGAAUACUCAAAGUAAAACCAAGGAAAUAAGCAGAGAGGCGGGAGAACACGAGUCAUUAAAUUUCUGUAUGGAAAGACUUCCUAAGUGAAAUAACUAGCUUUUAUAGAGGUAAGAAAUCGUACAAACGAAGCGAUCGCAAGACUUCUUUGGGGUUAAUUAAAUAUCUAGUUAGUCAAAAGUUCAGCAGUGACACUUCAGGUGGUAGCUCUUGGUCAAGUAGACUUGUGCCUCUAUUUUUUAACUUUUAGGAUCUUUUCAUACUGAAAUAUACUCCACGCAAAAAUAUUCAGGUCGGAAAAAACUAAAAUCUGGGAACACUUUUUAUUCGUAGAGCGCUUUCAGAUUGAGAGUUAAAAACCCAAAACCAAAGAGAUUACAACAGCCAAUCAGGAGAGAGGAAAACAUUUUAGACAAUAGGAACAAUAAGAAAACGCUGGUGACCAAGUCGUGAUUGGUUUUAGUUUUUUUGCAUCUGAUUGGUUGAGAAAGUGGUGCAAUUUUUUUGGACCCAAUCACAGAGCAAAGUAAAGCGAAAUCAAUGCUAUCCUGGAUUAUUUUCGACAGUCAAUUGAGAAUUGCCCUUAUUGUUUUCGUUUAAUUUAGAUACAUGUAGUUUAUUUUUUUAAAAAUUAUUUUAGGUUGCAGGAUCUGCUUUACUCGACACUCUUAACAAUGGUCUAGGGGACAAGUUUACUUCAGAGGUAAAAGAAGCGUGGACUGUUGUCUAUGGAAUCGUUGCGAACACGAUGCAAGCAGGAGCCAAAGAAGUUUUGGAGGGAUAGACAAGGAAACAUCAGUUCAUAUACUCUAUACACAACCAAAAAAUAUUCUUAGAGGGUCUUUUAUAGAACGUUUAUUGCUGCGAUUUCGCCUCAUUCUGAAAACGUUAAAGAAACAGGAAACGUGCGCAAACUUUCAUUGCUUUGUUUAAAACAAAACAAUGCUGCCUGCUUCUCAGGCUUUAAAAAUGUCUUAACUGCCUAGUUGGUCACGGCGACAAAUGUAGACUCGAAUAUUCUCAGUACCUUCCGAAGGAAAUCGUCAUCGAUCAAUUGUUAAAAGAUUUUAAAUAUAUAAUUUGGCGAGCCAAGUAUGCAGACAUGUAGGGCAUUUUUCUUCAAAACCACAUCUAGACCUUGACUUCUCCAGAAAAGCUGUUAUAUUGUCGUGCCUUUCAGGCAAGCUCAUGUAAGGGUGAGGCGAACCUGCGUGCACGCGUGGCGCGUCCUAAGAGCGAGUGAAGUGCGAGACACGCGUGACGCGCGCCGUGUGGCACGGGUCCUCUCCCGCGUGAUCCACCCUUCACACUUGUCUACAGCUUUCCUCCGCUUCCCCGGAGGACGCCAAAAAAUUACGUCUCUCAUGCAGGCUAAUUCGUUUUCUUUGCUUUUACUUUUUCAAGGUUUAUUUACCUAUCAUGAGUUACUGAUAUACUUUGGCUGACUUGUUAGUUUUUUUAAUUUAUAAUUCAGAAAGCUGAUAGACUGACUGUUGAUAAGACUGAGUGUCGCGCUUAAGAAAAACGAUCACGAUGAUCAUCAAUUGCAAACAAGUUUUAGCGUAAAUGUUUUUGUUCGUGGCUUUCGUUUUUUGCUUAGCUUAGUUUUCGCAUCUGCGUAACUUUUGUUAUCUUUUUUAAUCAGGCAUAUAUUAGUAUUGUAUUGAAGUAUAGGUAACAGAGUGUUAAAGUGCCUUUUGAAGGAUCUCGAAUAUUAGUUGGUGUAUUGUCCGACCACUGACGAUCCUGUAACCUUCUUAUUCCCAAGAUCCAAUAAGUUAUACUCCCUUCUCAUUGUAUUUCCUUAUCGAUUAAAUCCGAAAAUUUGGCCAUAAAUCACGAUAACACUCUCUAAAAAAAUUAGCCGGUCUGUCUUUAUAACCUUUUUGUAAAAUAGCAUAUUGGAAUUACAAGGAGAACUUAUAUGUUAAUCAACCCUAAAAGCUAAAGGAUAGGAUUUUCGAAAAGGUUCACGGCUGUUGUGUCACAGAUAAUUCGUCGUGUUGAUUUUCCAUUGGAAAGUGCCUUUAUCCGCCAUUGUUUGCUUGUUUAUAUGAAUGAUAUACUAACAUUUGAAUGCAUACAAUGCUUUUGUAACGAUAAACAAAAAAAUAAGGUGGCAAUCACCACCUGACUCUCAUACAGUAUAUUUGUGCAAACGAUAA